CAGUCUCAUUCUAGUUUCUGAUCGCGGGGCAUCUCUCCCUCUCUCUCCGUCUCUCUCCCUCCUUCAGCGCCUCCCACGGAUCAAAACAGCGGUAUAAAACAAGAAAAUAGAAAAAUAUAAGGAAAAUUGACGGUAUAACGUUGAUAUUUUGAGUUUUUUUUUUAUUUAGAGAUUUCAACGCCAGUUAAAGAAGUAAUCCACGCCUCCUCUCUCCUGGCGUGACUUCCUUGCCGCCCUCAGGACACGAGAGCAGCUGUCGCCAUGAGGACCACCACCUGCAUUGUGUUAGGCUGUGUGAUGUGGAUGACAGCCCUCCACCACGCUGCCGCUGGGGACAGAACACACCCGCUAGAUGACGCCACAGUGCAAUUCACACUCCCUUGUCCCCUCUCCGACCCUGACUGCUCCUCCUCCUCCUUUUCCAACACGCACCCAGAGGAGAAAAUAAACCCUGAAACAGAAAUAGAGGAAGAGGAAGAGGUGGAAGAGGAGGUGGAACAGACGGAGGAGUCAAUCAACUGCCUCUUCUCUUCCGUGCCUCUCAUUGGCGGUCCCUGGCUCACGGAAAUGGUUCGAAACAGGUUCACUGAUUCGUCCAUCCUGCAGGCGACCCGUUCCUUCCUGCUGGGGGGCAAGAUGGUGUCCCGCAUGGUGGACCUCGGGGAGUCAUCAACAGCUUCCAGACUCCUCGUGACCUUGGAGAGAUGCCUGGAAAUCUUGGAGCCUCAAGAACCGCAGGAGUCAAAUGGUUCAGAGGGAUUCGAAGCAGAGGAUUCGAAUGAUCUAGAGCGAACUAGUGAGUCAGAGGGCACGGUGGCUUCUGACUGGGUGAAGGCGUCUCCAUUCUGGUCACGUGUGCAGGAGCGGAGAAAACGGGAUGUGAUGGCGCGCUCUGGGGGUUACGGGGCUGACCCACUCGUUGGUUUUAAUUUCCUGGGUUUUCUCGUGGUUGGCGCCCUCAUCACCUUCCUCAUCCAUAUGCUGGUGUAAGGAUAAGGAUAUUCUCGCCUGAACAUUUGUCAUCCUUUAGUGUAGAUAAUCCUAUGAUGUUGUCCUCUUUAUUUUUAUUUUAUAUAUUUUUUAAGGGUGACUUAUCUAAAUAUUCAUCUGCAUUGUUAUUCUUUCGCCUUACAAUACUCGUACGCCGUUUUCGUUUUCAGUGUUUGUUAUGAUAUUUAUUUGUUCUAUGUUUGUUUUUAUCUUAUUAUUUAUACUAUUAUACUAUCUAUACUACUAUUUAUACUAUUAUUUAACUGUUUGCUUGUUUGUGUCUACGCUUCUGUCUUUCUCUCAAUCUUUAUUACUUAUUUCUAUUUUGUCUCUUCGGUUAUUUAUUUGUACCUCUUUAGAUAAAAAAAAUUAUAUAAAGGGCAUUAAUAAAUAAAUGAAAGAUUA